AAUCGCGAGGCGGCGAGGUGUCCUCGGGCUCGCGGGGAGCGGGCCGCGGGCAGCAGCGAGCGCAGGCCGGCGAAGAGCGGGUGGCGGUGACCAGCGGCGCGAGCCGGCAUCCCCUCCCCCGCGCGGUGAGCCGCCGGCUCCACCAUGGAGCCCGCCGUGUCGCUGGCAGUGUGCGCUCUGCUCUUCCUGCUCUGGGUCCGCGUGAAGGGGCUGGAGUUCGUGCUCAUCCACCAGCGCUGGGUGUUCGUGUGCCUCUUCCUCCUGCCGCUCUCGCUCAUCUUCGACAUCUACUACUAUGUGCGCGCCUGGGUGGUGUUCAAGCUCAGCAGCGCGCCGCGGCUGCACGAGCAGCGCGUGCGGGACAUCCAGAAGCAGGUGCGGGAAUGGAAGGAGCAGGGCAGCAAGACCUUCAUGUGUACAGGGCGCCCUGGCUGGCUCACCGUCUCACUGCGGGUUGGGAAGUACAAGAAGACACACAAAAACAUCAUGAUCAACCUGAUGGACAUUCUGGAGGUGGACACCAAGAAACAGAUUGUCCGCGUGGAGCCCUUGGUGACCAUGGGUCAGGUGACUGCCCUGCUGACCUCCAUUGGCUGGACUCUGCCUGUGUUGCCCGAGUUGGAUGACCUCACAGUGGGGGGAUUGAUCAUGGGCACAGGCAUCGAGUCUUCAUCCCACAAGUAUGGCCUGUUCCAGCACAUCUGCACUGCCUACGAGCUGGUCCUGGCCGAUGGCAGCUUUGUGCGAUGCACACCGUCGGAAAACUCAGACCUGUUCUACGCUGUGCCCUGGUCCUGCGGGACCCUGGGCUUCCUGGUGGCCGCUGAAAUCCGCAUCAUCCCCGCCAAGAAGUACGUCAAGCUGCGGUUUGAGCCGGUGUGUGGCCUGGAGGCCAUCUGUGACAGGUUCACCCGUGAGUCCCAGCGGCAGGAGAACCACUUCGUGGAAGGGCUGCUCUACUCCCUGGAGGAAGCUGUAAUCAUGACGGGGGUCAUGACAGAUGAGGCAGAGCCUGGCAAGCUGAAUAGCAUUGGCAACUACUACAAGCCGUGGUUCUUCAAGCACGUGGAGAAAUACCUGAAGACAAACCGCGAGGGCCUGGAGUACAUCCCCUUGAGACACUACUACCACCGCCACACGCGCAGCAUCUUCUGGGAGCUCCAGGACAUCAUCCCCUUUGGCAACAACCCCGUCUUCCGCUACCUCUUUGGUUGGAUGGUGCCUCCCAAGAUCUCCCUCCUGAAGCUGACCCAGGGCGAGACGCUGCGCAAGCUGUACGAGCAGCACCACGUGGUGCAGGACAUGCUGGUACCCAUGAAGUGCCUGCCGCAGGCCCUGCACACCUUCCACAGCGACAUCCACGUCUACCCCAUCUGGCUGUGCCCAUUUAUACUGCCCAGCCAGCCAGGCCUGGUGCACCCCAAGGGAAACGAGGCCGAGCUCUACGUCGACAUUGGUGCCUACGGGGAGCCGCGCGUGAAGCACUUUGAAGCCCGGUCCUGCAUGAGGCAGUUGGAGAAGUUCGUCCGAAGUGUGCACGGGUUCCAGAUGCUGUAUGCCGACUGCUACAUGGACCGGGAGGAGUUCUGGGAGAUGUUUGAUGGCUCCCUGUACCAUAGCCUGCGGAAACAGCUCGGCUGCCAGGACGCCUUCCCGGAGGUCUAUGACAAGAUCUGCAAGGCUGCCAGGCACUGAGCCGGAGCCCAUCCGGAAGGAGGCGGACGCGAGGGCGGACCCUGUCCCCAGGGCCAGAAGGCAUCUAUCUUCCCUUCACUCAAGCUUGGCUGCUCUGCCAGAUCCACAUUUUCAGAAAGAAACCCCUCCAGAAACCCCACCCAGAUGGCCCCGACAGCUUGCUCCCAGCUUCAAGGGGCAGCCAAGUAGAGUGGACAGGACAUGAGAUUUGGAGUCAGACAAACCCGAGUCUAGUUCCCAGUUCUGCCACUCAUUAGCUGUGUGACUCUGAGUGAGUCACUCAGCCACUCUGAGCCCUGUUCCUCAUCUGUUGAAAGGGGGUAAUGCUGUCUUCCUGCUGCUGUCAUCUAAGUCAAGCGCCUGUCGCACCAGAGGUGCCGGAGAAGUGGCAGCUGCUGUUAGCACGGCUUCCCACUCAGCGUCAUGUCAGACUAAAGUGCUUUGGAUUCAGUGGUUGAGUCCGGGAAGGCUCCAUGUUAGGUCACCUGGGCUCGGGUUUGGCUGAAGGGGGUACCCUCGAGUUUCGCUGCCAUCACUUGUCAGCUGCAAGACCUCCUCGCGGAGGGAAGGAAGGAAGGUUCCUCUCCAUCCCUGGGGUCUUGGGAGAUGGGGAGGGCGGGCGGGCGGGCCCAAGAUGUGCUGUGCCAAAGCCAGGUCUGAUUCCAAAGUUCUCCCUGCCGUGCUCAGUGGCGCCUUGCCCCUUCCUCCUUCACGCUCAGGCUUGCAGGCCCACUGCAGCCGUUGCCCAAGUCCACUCAGAGGGGACUGUGUCCAUGGAGAAGACACUUCAGGGUUGAAUCCUGGCCGGGCCCAGGGCUGGGACACCUGCCCAGGCUGGGUGAGUGAUCUCUGCUCUGAAUUGAAUCCAGAGGACCUGGGCUCAUUCUUGCCUCUCCACCUUCCAUGGCUCUUGUUCCCAGAACCCGCUUUGCCAUGGUGGGGCUGUGUCCUCUGCUCUGCAGUAGGGGUGGGAGUUGGGGGGUGGGACCACGCCAAGCAGGAAAAUGGAGCCCGCCGUCACUCGGUUUCGUGGGGUUCCUCACUGCGGGGCUGAAAGAAAACAGUAUCAACUUGAUUUCUCCAACCACUCAUCUCCCCCUUUUUUUCUUUC